GCCUGGCAUUCCUCUACAAAAUAGAGGCUUGCCUCACUCACUGUUACCCAGGUUUCAUUCCAGGCCUAAUAGCAUUUAUACCCUGCCCUUCUCACCCCGAAGGGGACUCAAAUCGGUUUACAGAACACACAUACGGCAAACAUUCAAUGCCAAUUAUAUAAUUUACAAGAACAGACAACACAAACAGAGGUCCCAUCGGAGGUGAGCAGCCCUGGCCUCAAACUCAGUGGCCAGAACGACAACAGCAAGGAAGAAGAUCCAGAGGUGAAAGUGUGGAAGAACCGAUACCAUGAGGAGAAGCUGAAAGCGAUCCAGCCGGGUUUGGCGCUGAUCCAGAAGGCCAGGGAGUGCGAGGAGAAAGUGGAGGCACUGAGGUGGAAGUUUAAGAGGAUGGAGACCACCAUAGAGAGCCUGGCCCAGAAGUUGGAGGAGCUCUGCAAGGCCGGAGAGGAGAAGGAAGAGCGGGUGAAGAUGCUAUUGAAGGAAACGGAAAAGCUCUCCAUAGAAAUCUUGAAGCGCCAGAGCGAUUGCACCUACCUCCGGCUGCAAAACGAGAGCCGAGGUGACUUUGGGGCCCGGCCGGAUGGCGAUGUCCAGGUGCCCAGCGCUGAUGCCGAACUCAGCGUCGAUAUCUCCGCUCCAUCCCUCUCCGUCCCAGAAGUGGAUCUCAACUUGAACGGACCAAAGACAACAGGCGACGUUGAGCUUCCCUGCACAGAAUUAAUGCAGGUGGAGACGGAGGCGACCGGGGGGGAAGUUGGGGUCGAGGUCGAGUUCCCGCAGGCAACCGCCGUUACGAAUGUCGAGGUGCCCAGCGCUGAUGCUGCUGUCUAAGAAAUUUCAUUUUUUUGGCUGUCUCUUCUAAUUCUAUAAAGACCAUUUGUUUUUUCAAUGUUUCCAGUUCUUGUUUUAUUUUCCCAUUAGUUGGCUCCUGUUUUAGUUUUUUCUCAUUUAUACUGAUUUCUUCAUUUCUCUUAUUUUUGAUUUUAUUUUUCUGGGCAUUUUGUUGGAUGAAAUGUCCACGCAUGAAUGCUUUACUCGCAUCCCAGACUACUUGUAGAGGGACGUCAGUUGUAUUGUUUAUUUCAAAAUACUCCUUGAGAUUUUUUUUUAUUUUUUAUAUCUUCUUCUGAUUUGAUAAGAUUUCCAUUUAAUCUCCAAUUAAAAUUCUUAGUGUCUUAUUAAUUGUAAAUUCUAUAGGGCAGUGGUCCGAAGGAAGGAUAUAUUUCUCAUUUAUAUAUAAUACUAUAUAAUUAAUAUAAUUUCUCAUUUAUAUAUAAUACUACCCCCAGAGGAGUUUUCAAAGGGAUGGGACACAUUUUUUCUUCUUCUUCUUCGACAGUUACUUUAUUCCUUUCCAUCCAUCAGAUCUCUUUCAAGAGUAACAAAUAUAUUUCGGUUUCUUUUUUUAAAAUGUUUUUAUUAAGUGCUUUUAAGCAUAAAAAGAGUGAGAACAAUAAUAAGAAAAGAAAGUGAAAAGGAGGGGGUGGUAUUAAAAAAAGAGAGAGAGAAAAAACAUUUAAAAAGUAUAAAAACAAAAAAGAUUAAAAAAGAUAAAAAAUAAAAGAAAAAAAGUUGUACUUCCCGUCUUUUCUUCUAAGUGAUAAGUUAUUUUAUACUUAUUGUCUUUUAUAUAUCCACUCCGUCUGUAUAUCUCUAUAAAACAUUUCUCUUGUUCUAUGAAAGUUGUCAAUAAUGUUCAGUCUGUUUCUUUUGUUGGUUUGCCUUGGUGUGUUUUUAGGUAGUAGAAUGUCAGAAUGUCCAUAUUUUUUAUGUCCAAUAUCUUUAGAAUCCAUUCUUCUUUGGUUAGUAUUUCUGUUGACUUCCACUUCUUUGUAUAUACUAUUCUGGCUGCUGUUACAAAGUAAUUAAAUAAAAUCUCUUGUUUCUU